AUGACUGUGCAAGAACUGAUAAAGAAACCCCUCACUUCGGUUCCUCAAUGCUAUGUUAAUCAACCACAGAAUCACCAACCUAAUUCAUCUGUAGAAGAUGAAUCCUUCUCUCAUGCAAUCCCAACCAUCAGCCUCAAAAAAUUGACUCAUGUAGAGAGUACACAAACUGAACAAGAGAGAUUGAACUCAGCUUGUAAGGACUGUGGUUUUGUUCAGUUGGUUGAACAUGGAAUAAAUCCACUAGUGCUGAAAACACUCAAAGAAGAGAUUGAAGGAUUCUUCAGGCUUCCGUUGGAAGAAAAGAUGAAGUACAAGAUAAGGGCAGGUGAUGUUGAAGGCUAUGGAGCUCCCAUCCUAUCAAAUAAGGAUCAAAAACUUGAUUGGGCUGACAGGGUAUAUAUGAUAACCAAUCCUCUUAGCAGAAGAAAACCAUAUCUUCUCCCAGAGCUCCCUUCAUCCCUUAGGAGUAUCUUAGAAGUAUACAUAGUGGAGUUGCAAAAUAUUGCAAUGACAUUGCUUGGGGUGUUGGGAAGAGCCCUGAAGAUAGAAAGGAGAGAGUUGGAGGUGUUUGAGGAUGGGAUGCAAUCAAUGAGAAUGACAUACUAUCCUCCAUGCCCAGAACCAGAGAAGGUAAUGGGCAUCACUGCUCAUUCAGAUGUAGCAGGGAUCACAAUUCUGAACCAAUUGAAUGGAGUGAAUGGCCUUCAGAUUAAGAAACAUGGCAUUUGGAUUCCAGUCAAUGUCAGCCCAGAUGCCCUUAUCGUCAAUAUUGGAGACCUUCUAGAAGUUUGUUCCCGUCUCCUACACAUAUAA